AUGUCCAACUUGGAAAUCUUGGACUUGAGGCAGAAUCUCGUUCAAGGACACAUUCCGCCCGAGAUAAGUAAUCUUAUAAAUCUAAGGAUACUUCGUCUGGCAUUUAACCAACUUUCUGGUUCUGUCCCUUCAGUCAUUUACAACAUUUCCUCCCUACACAUGAUUUCUCUUACAUCUAACAGUCUAUCUGGCAGUUUACCAGAAGAUAUAUGUCGCCAUCUUCCAAAUCUUGAGGCAUUUUACUUGACCUUAAACGAGUUCUCUGGUCAAAUUCCAUCAAGUAUAGAUGAAUGCAGGUGUCUUCAAAAUUUAAGAUUAGACUCAAACAGAUUCAGUGGCAGCAUUCCAAGGAGUAUUGGAAAUUUAACGAGGCUCAAAGUGCUAUACCUGAGUGGAAAUAAUUUGGAAGGAAAUCAUUUGAGCUUGGAGAUAUUUUCUGCCCCAAAUCUGAGGCUUGUUGGUCCAAUCCCAGCUUCCAUCUAUAACCUUUCUUCUUUAACAGAAAUUUAUGUCUAUAGCACAGUCUCUCUUGCAGUGCUUGAUAUUUCUGACAAUGAAUUUUCAGGCCACAUUCCAAGAAGUAUAGGAAAUUUAACCAAACUUAAGGAGAUAUAUCUAAGUCAUAAUGAUUUAGAAGGUGAAAUUCCGUGGGAGAUUGGGAAUCUUAUUUCAUUGGAGAUAUUAGCUGCAUCAUCUAUGCGCUUAAGUGGGUUGAUUCCACAUUCCAUCUUCAACAUUUCUUCUUUGAAAGCAGUUAGUUUCGCAAACAAUAGUCUAUCAGAAAAGCUCUAUUUCGACAACGAAUAUCUUCAUCUCAUAAGUGCUCUUGAACAUUGGAAACUAGAGUUGUCUUUAUCUGGCGAGACUUGCGAUUGGAUCUUGUCCAAUAUUUUGCCUUAA